UCUCUGCGAGGUGAGACUUUGGCGCGCGCGAGAGCCUCUCGAUAGUUGUCGACUAAACCUGCGAGGUAUAUUUGGUUUCGUACGUUAUAGUUGCUUGUCAUUUAAACUUUGGUUGCAGUAGACUUCAAUUCAAUUCUCGCGGACUUACCGAUUCCGGUCGUUCUCGAAAUCACGGUGUAUACUUAAAUCGCUGCCAAAAAAUUACUCGGUCGAAAGUUGCUAGUUGAUUUAUCGAACGCGCGUGGUUAGUUUAUGUUCAGAUAUUGGUGCGAUCUCGAGUGCUACUGAAAGCUUGUGACAUUGGGGAACAAGUUAAGUGUGAUUAUCCUACCAGGAGCAGUGAAAGGGAAAAUCAACCAUCUUCCAUCUUCCAGUACUGUAAGCAAUUGAAGAAAAAUCGACUUCCACGGAACGAGCGAAAGGAAAAAAAACGACGCGAAAAGUGCAUACGACCGACCGACUCAUUGUGUGCGGCAUUGUGAAUUAAUCAGGCGGGAAAAAUUACAGUGUCGUGAAUAGCGCGGAUACGGUACCUACUCUUUCUAGAGUGUAUUGGAGCAAAAAAUUGCUUCCAACAGCCGCUGAUUGACACUAGAAAAUUGGUGUGUAAAUACAGUGUUUUUGUGUAGUGCCACUGCUGAGGAAUCUUCGUCAAAAUGACCGAGAGUGCAGGUGUGAAGCAGAUCGUCGGCGUGGCGGACAUCACCGAAAACCGCAACAUAUGGCGCAUGUUGAUCGCGGAAUUCCUCGGCACUUUCUUCCUGGUAUCGGUCGGUAUCGGUAGCACGAUGGGCUGGGGCGACGGGUAUGAACCGUCGAUGACGCAGAUCGCGUUCACCUUCGGUCUGGUGGUUGCCACGUUAGCCCAGGCGUUCGGCCACGUGAGCGGUUGCCACAUCAACCCGGCGGUCACAAUCGGAUUAAUGGUAACGGCCGACAUUAGCAUACUGAAGGGUGCCUUCUACAUCGUGUCGCAAUGUGUGGGAGCCAUUGCCGGUGCCGCAAUAAUCAAGGCUGCAACUCCCCAUGAUGUCAUUGGAGGACUGGGUGUUACCGGAAUCGAUCCCCGGCUGACUCCCGGUCAAGGAGUGCUGAUCGAGGCUCUCAUCACCUUCAUUUUGGUAUUCGUUGUCCAUGGCGUCUGUGACAAUCGUCGUUCCGACAUCAAGGGAUCGGCUCCGCUGGCAAUCGGACUCUCCAUUACCGCUGGCCAUCUUAGUGCGAUUAAAUAUACUGGCGCGAGCAUGAACCCAGCGCGUUCUUUCGGACCAGCCGUUGUGAUGGGUAACUGGGUCGACCAAUGGGUAUAUUGGGUCGGUCCGAUCGUUGGGGGCAUCAUCGCCGGUGCGAUCUACCGUCUGUUCUUCAAAGUAAGAAAAGGUGACGAGGAAUCCGGUUCUUAUGAUUUUUAAAGCUCAAAAUCUCAAUCUCGUUGUUUCGUAUGACCAAAUUUAUCCCUAUCCAGCUAACUCCGACAUUUACUAACCUCUAACUUUUACUCCCGAUUUUUCUUGUCCCAUUCAUUUCUAGAUGAACACUAACAAAGUAGGCCAAGUGACUAACGACGUACAGUACAUAUAGUCGCAGGCUAGCCCAUCUCCCACAUAUGUAGUAAUCGAUAGCACCAUAAGUUAUCUAAUGUAAAAAAACUAAAAUCUACAUCAGCUACCACUCAACCUGUGUGCGUGUGUUCUAACGAAAAACUAAAUUGGAAAAAAUGGACGCCGAAGCAAUAUGUGCAAGACAGCCAGCAAGAAGCAAAGCAACGAAUCUGUGCUAAAACCAAAUUCCACCCGAAGUUGAUUCAAUUGAAACGCCAAAUUCGAGCAAAAGUAUAUUUUACAAAAUAUUCACAUUUAGCGUUACUAGUACUGCACAUCUUCCAGCUUCCGUGCACCUUUCGAUUUUCGAAAACUGAUUAUGGUACAAAUUCAAAAAAAAAAAAUCUAUAUAAUCACUGUGUGUGCCUUUAAAGUCAAAACAUCAAAUUAAAAUUUGGCCAAACAAUUCUAAAUUCAACACGCUUCGGAGCAGUUCUUGGUCAUUGUAAAUAAUCAUAAACUAUCCUAUCGUAGUGAGUUUUCCCCGAAACAGCACCGGUAGCUUUCUGUUUCCAAGUACGGUUUUCUCACAUAAUAUGAAUCUGUUAUUUUUAACCCAAUUCUGUACAGAUCCAACUAACGCUACAUCUAACCUGUGUCUAUAAAAAAGUAAAAAAAACUAAACCACAUGUACAUAAACCUUUGUUAUGAAAUUAUUGCCACUGUUACUUUCUAACCAAAACAAACAUAGUAAUUUAGUUGGUAAGCUCUGGGUGCUGGGUUCCAAACAAAAAUCGAUUGUUCAUGGUUUAGCUAAUCGAUAUACUGGGUAAUAAAACGUAGAUUUAACUCAUCAAUUCACACAAAAUUAAUUCUCAUCUUUACCCUUCCCUUACUAACUAACAUUACCUAUCUGUUUUAUUAGCUAAACUAACCUUUCUUUCCGCUUGGUGCAAACAAAACAUGAGAUUUCCUAAAAAGAAAAUGUUAAUCGAUAAUCAGCAAAGGCCCCCUCCUUGAUAGUAGGCAGGUUGUUUUCAUGUUAUGUUCUGUUAGCGAAUGGAAAACUAAAAUCCGUAUUGUUAUGCCUCUGAUAAAAUUCUAAUGAGCCAUUUGUUAUGAAAACUUUAUUUUCGUUGAAAAUUUUUGCAUUGUUAUCGGAUACGAGAGACCUAGGUACCUACGGUUGAAGCCGUGCGAGGUAAUUAAAAAAUUCCUGCUUGCUCUGUAAGACCCUCAACGACGCGGCGACGCGAUUUUGUUACGUUGUUGCACUCGUAUCGGAUUCUCGACAGGUAUACGAUAGAAAAUUAUUGUUAUUUAUGCACUGCAAUCGGCUGGCACACGUGUACUGCAUUCAAGUUUUCGUUUGCUUAACGCCGGAAUGAAUAUCAUUUUCCAGAUGCCUGCGGUGAGAACUAUGCAAAAAUUGUUCGAUUUAAUCCCAUUUGUAUCUUCUUGUAUGUAUUAUAUACAUUGGAAUUUACACACGUGUUUUUUAUUAUUUUAAAGAUUAUAUGUUAAAUAAAUUUA